UUUUGAGGAUAUUCUGUGCCUUGCUGAUUCCUCAUCUUUGUCAGAUAUCACCCUUGAUGGCAAUCCAAUAGCUCAGGAGACAUGGUACAAACACACUGUUCUCCAUCAUAUGAUGCAGCUCCGACAGCUAGAUAUGAAGAGAAUCACAGAAGAAGAAAGACGUAUGGCAUCUCUUGCAGCAAGAAAAGAGGAAGAAAGGAAGCGUGAAAGCCAUAGACAGACCUUGCUUAAGGAAAAGAAACGGUUAACGAUUUGUAAUAUUGCUCGUCAGUGGGAGAUACAGCAGAAUCGAAUAGCUCUUGUGGCAUCUUUAAACCAAGAUAAAGAUAAUGAGCCCUGUCAGAUCAAUGGCAGUGCUGCAUAUGUAUUUCCUGAAGAAAACAGGUCUCUUGAUACAAUAUUGAGCAGUGCGGUACAAGGCUUGACUGUUCUUGAGUCUCAUUUGGUGGAAGUGGAAGGAGACACUCUUUGCUUGUAUGGUGCUGGGGCACUGGAGUGCCUGGAUCGAAACUGGAGUGUUCAAACAACUGGAAUUAUUGUCACAGUCUCCUUUAUGUUCAUAGAAUUUGAUGAAAUUGUUCAAGUGUUAACAAAACUGAAGAUAAAAUUUCCUAAUUCUGUGCACCUGAAGUUUAAGGAGACAAAUCUUGCGACGCUGCAGCAAUUCAAUGCGUUAGCUCAGAUGCAUCGCAUUGAACAGUUGACAGUUGAUUCUCAGGGAAAUCCGGUUGUCAACUUUACUUUGUGGAAAUACUAUGUUCUGUUUAGACUGAACCAUUUUAAUCUACAGAAGAUAAAUGGAGUAAAGGUAGGACAGUGUUGCUUCCUUCUUACUGUUUCUCUUACAAGAUAA